AUGGCUGACGAUGGCAUGGUCCUCAACUUCCAACUUGGCGCCGAGCCACUCAAGCGCCAAGUAAAGUUCACUGGAGGCCGUUGGCGCGACAGGAAACGGGCAGAGAAGUCGGCACGAGGCGGAGGGCAAGGACCGACCGACGAUGUCGAGAUCCCCGAGCGAGCGCCAAAGAGACAGCGAGUCGACGACGACGCCGGCUCCUCGCGACCUUUCAAGUCAAGAUCCUUCGGAGCAAGGCCGGGCGGCGCACGCCCAGGGGAGGAGCAGAAGCAAGGUGGAGGAGGCCAUGCUGGCAAAGGUGAUCGCCAGGUCAUCUCUAGCCUGUUCUCGCACAAUCCCGCACAGAAGACUGUCUUCGAGGAGGAGCAAGAGGAAUGGAAGGCGCCGGAAGCGACGAAUGCACCUCUAUCGGAUGUGGCUAGCUUCGGCACGCUGUCAUUGGCCUCACGGCUGGUGGACGAACUGUCCAAGAUGGAGCUUCAACGACCGACCGCCAUUCAAAGCAAAGUCGUUCCACACCUUCUCGAGGGCAGCGGCGACGCCUUUGUGCAAGCGCAGACUGGCUCUGGAAAGACGUUCGCGUACCUACUCCCGAUUCUGCACCGUGUGCUUCAACUCAGCAAGCAGGGAGAUGGAAAGCAGAUCCACCGCGACUCGGGAGUUUUUGCCAUCAUCGUUGCUCCGACGCGCGAGCUGGCAAGACAGACACACACAGUUCUCGAGGCCCUCAUUCGACCGUUUCCAUGGCUCGUGUCCACCGCGAUCACGGGCGGAGAGUCCAAGAAGGCCGAGAAGGCGAGGAUACGAAAGGGCGUGAAUUUUCUCGUAGCGACACCGGGACGUCUUGCUGAUCACAUCGACAAUACGAAGGCGCUGACGCUCAGCACGGUGAGAUGGCUGAUUCUGGACGAGGGCGAUCGAUUGAUGGAUCUGGGCUUUGAAGAUGACCUCAAGACAGCGAUCAACGCAUUGAAGCGAGUGCAGGUGGAGAAGGAAACCCCCAACGGUGCAUCGUUGGAAGCCCUUCCUGAGCGAAGAGUGACAGUUCUUUGUUCGGCCACGAUGAAAAUGAAUGUCCAGAAGCUGGGCGAGAUGAGUUUGGCGGACGCAACGUUCCUGGCUGCAGAGAAGGACGACGAGCAGAUUGACAACCACGGCACGCACAAGGCUCCAGCACAGCUACACCAAAGCCAUAUCAUUGUGCCCGCCAAGUUACGACUCGUCACGUUGAUAUCGUAUCUACGAUCGGUGUUUUCUCGCCGUGGCCGCACCAUGAAGGCCAUUAUCUUCAUGGCCUGUGCCGACUCGGUUGAUUUCCACUACGAGUUGCUCAAAAUCCCCCAGAAGACAAAUAAGGACGACACCUCGAGAACGAAAGCCGCUGAAGCCAAGACCUCCAAGAAACCACAGCAGCUGGAGGACUCGGAUGAAGAGGCAGAGCAGGCGGAGAAAAUACAGGACCCAGCAAAGCCAGACCUUCCCGAGUCUGUCAAGCGUGACCAAGAGCUUCUGAGCAAGACGGUAGCCAAGGCGUCAUAUGUCACCACGCCUGCAAGCCCCCAAGUCAUUCUUCACCGCAUGCACGGUUCCUUGUCCCAGUCAACACGAACAGCGACAAUCAAGUCAUUCUCCGCCUGUAAAGAGCCGUCAGUUCUCAUCACCACUGAUGUGUCUUCUCGUGGUCUGGAUAUCCCCUCCGUCGACUUGGUUAUCGAGUAUGAUCCAGCCUUUAGCUUCGCAGACCACAUUCACCGUGUUGGACGUACAGCUCGUGCAGGACGACCUGGUGAUGCUGUCAUCUUCCUCCAGCCCGGCACGGAGGAGGGCUACAUUGACCUCCUCAAGACGUCAGGAGCAAUCACAAAUCAACCUUUUGAGACGGUCUUGGAAAAGGGAAACCUGGCAAAGAUCAACUAUCCUGUCCAGACAUCGGCAGCACCGCCAGGCGUGGCCACCGAUCACAAGCCCCCUGAUAAGCUGCAGCUGCACCUCGAACAGCGCAUCCUCAACGAUCCGAAACAGCUGGAUCUUGCCCGCAACGGGUUUAAGUCGCACAUACGCGCGUACGCCACUCAUACAAAGGAGGAGCGACAAUUCUUCGACAUUACCGAACUACACCUUGGUCACACGGCCAAGAGCUUUGGCUUACGAGAGCCACCCAGUGGUAUCGGCGCCGGCCUCGACAAGAAAGCAAAAAGGAACCACAAGGGCGGCAAAGAUGCCAAGGGUGGGAACAGCAGCAAAGGGGGCGCCUCCAAGGGCGAAUUUGACGAGAAUACCGGCAUGGACGAGAAGGCUUCUCAUGAUCUUUUCAAGAAGAAGAGCAGAAUGCUCAUGAGUGCGGGUGCAAGCGAGUUUAACAUUGGAUAG